GCCAACAGCACACCCACCAUUGCCAACAGCACACUCACCAACAGCACACCCACCAUCACUAGCAGAAAACCCACCAUCACCAACAGCACACCCACCAUCACCAACAGCACACCCCCCAUCACCAACAGCACACCCCCUAUCACCACACCCACCAUCUCUAGCAGCGCACCCACCAUCACCAACAGCACACCCAUCACCAACAACACAACCUUUUUCAUCGACAACUCAACCAUUGUCAUCGACAACUCAACCAAUGUCACCAACAACACAACCAUUGACACUGACAACACAACCAUCAUUGCCAACAACUCAACCAUCAUCACCAGCAAUUCAACCAGUAUCACUCACAGCUCAACCAGUAUCAUUAGCACACCCACAAUCUCCACCAAUUUACCAGGAGUCACUAAAUCUACAACCAGCAGUACAUGCACCUUCAACACCACCACUAGCAUCACCACCCCCUCACUCAUCAUCACCAGUUCCUCAUUUUACAGCACCUGUAUGCCAUCCUACAUCAGUUACAUCUCACCAGUCAUCAUUUACAUCACUUACACACCACUGUGUAUCAGCCAGAUCUUGCCAGGUAUCAACACCCAGUCCGGUAGAAGCAACUGACCACCACCCGUCAUCAUUUUCAAUCCAGACUACAGCACAUUGUCAAUCUUUUUCAUCUCCCUUCCAUACAUCAACUGCACUCCUUGGUACAGGUACAACCAUUUUACCUCAACAAUCUUCCUCUACAUCUCAUCUUGUAUCAGUUGAAGCCCAUAUGCCAUCUCAGGUGCCUCUCAAAAUGUUAUCAGCAACAUCAUUAAACCCCCAGGAACCUCAAAAGAAAAUAACAUUAAUUUCAAAUGAAAACGUUUCAGCAUCAGGCAAGAUGUUAUCAUCAGUUGAUUCUGAAGAAUGUGAUACGGAAAUUGCAUUGAUUUCUGAUAAUGAUGCCAUGGUACUUAAUAAAACUUUCAGUCAGUCUUGUCCUAAGUCACAUACAAGUUAUGAAAUUUUACCUAAAUCUCAGCAGAUGCAGAAAAUGCAACUACCUCUGAAAUCAACAGAAAUAUUGCAGAAUGCAACACAGGUGUCAGAAUCUAAUGCACUUCAGCUACCAGGAAAACACACACAUCAAAAGUCAAUGGAGUUACCAUAUGAAGACACUCCGGUAAUUUGCCAGCCAAUGGUAACUCUUCAGCAGGUGGUGCAGUUACCACAACAGGGACCACUAAUGACUACCCAACCCACAACUAGUUCUGCCAAUUUUAGUUUGAACGAUAUUGGUGUUCCCUUACCUGAACUUAUUAUACCUCAGAUAUUGGGUGAAUUUGACCCAUCAACUGGAACUUUUACAAGUAAUAAUCCAGUUUUCCUGCAGUCCAUCCUUAACACAAGUUUAAAUCAUACUGCUAGGCCUUUGGCUUCCAUAGAUUCAUCUCGAAAUAUGACUGACCAGGUGACAUCGUACUCAUCAUCUGCCACCUCUGUAAGCCAUGUAAGUGUGCAAAUCCAAACUGAAGAUUUUUCUGAGUGUGUUGACAAAUUUCCUCAAAAUCAGUGUCAGGAAAUCUCUCAAGUUGAAAAUCAGGUAAAUGAUGAGAUACCAAAUCAUUUAAUGGGAAUGCAACAGCAGCAACAGAUUUCAUGUUCAGAUGUAGAUCAGCAGGUGUUGAAACUUAAAACUGAAAGUUUACAGUGUAGUCAUGUCUCAGAUCCCAGGUCAAUUCCCGACAGCAGUGACAUACAUACUGGUAUGACAGAAUCUGAGCCUGUGGUACAAAAGAACACUAAAACAGAAAGUUCAUUAUCAGUAGACAGUGAACAUUCAAAUCCCUGUGAAGAUGAAAAUGAUAUAUAUGGCUCAACAAUAUUUGAAGACAGUGGUAGUGAUUCUGAGGAAAGACACGUGUGGUUUCCCAAGAUGCCAGAAGGUGAAGCUAUUCUUGGAACACAAUGUGAGAAUACAAAUGCUACAGGAAACAUGCAUGUUACAGAUGCAGAGAAUGAAGAAAUAUUGGGUGAAAUCAGAAACACAAAGCAAUCUGUAGAUAAGUCAGUGAAUGGAAAAAUAUUCAGAGAGAAAAAAGCAGAUUCAUGCAUAGGGCAAGAUACUGUAAAAAAAGAAAAUAAUGAUUUAAAUGCUAAGAAAUUGCCUGUACCAGAGGAUAUUACAGCCAUACAGUGGAUGGGUGGAGCUAGAAGUAACGAGAUUACCAAAGAUUCUUACAAAAAGUAUGUUGGUGUUAAAGAUGCAAUAUCUGAUGCAGUUAAUGCACCUGGUUUGUAUGAAAUGUCAGAGGAGACAAAUGUUGCCAAAGAAAGGGUCUCCAGUACAAAAAGUAAGGAUGUGACAUUAGGAAAAGAAUCAGUUGAUCCUCAUCUAUGGGAUAUGAAGUCGGAAAAAGAAAAUGAAUUUGCCGUGACAGAGAUGGAACAUACGACCAUAAAAGAAGGCAUACAUGCAAAUGUUAAGCUGAAUAAUUUGCAGUUAAUUGUGCCAGAUGUACUUGAUGAAUCAGGUAGUGGAAUGCACACAACAGAAAUGGAUUUGGAGGAUAAUAGAGGGUUAUCAGUCGAGAUUAAAAGAAGAGAAACGAUAACUGAUGAAGUAGAUGUAACGCAUUCUGACAUUGAUCCACUUUCUUUAAGUCAAAAUUUGUCCUCUGAAAUAGACACACAAGAAAACCAAUCAGAAAUAUUUUAUGAUAAAAAAAUGGAUGAUCGGGUGCAUGAUACACCCAAUAUACCAAAGACUUGUUCAUUAGAAAAUAAUGAACAUAGUUUCAAUUCUCCGCAAAUUUUGCAAAUCAAUGAAGAUAGUUGUGGAUGCCCAUCAGUUGUACAUGGUAAUAAUGGGAGUAAAGAUGAAAAUGAAAUUACAGUAUUAUCUGGAAUUAACUAUGUAGGUAGUAUUGCCUGCACAGUUGUAAAUUCCCAGGACUGUGAAGCAACCAAAAUUUCAUCUAGAGGUAGAGGUAGAGGUCGAGGAAGGAGAAGAGGAAGAGGAAGGAGAAAAUGGAAGGGUGCUUCUUCAGUAAAGGAUAAGACUUAUUCAUUUGUCAGUAACUGUGAUUUGGAAGAAGUUUCUUAUCACAGUGGUAAUAAUGGUAACUGUCUCGAUACAGCUGAAUGUGAGUUACCUUUUCAAGUUGAUAAGAGGUCUAUUGGUGUAACAGCAACAUUUGAUGAAGGAACUAAAAGAUGUGAUCAGAUAAUGUCUUCACAAGAAAAUAAUUUGGAUAUGAAUGAUACAUCUGAGAGUAAACCCAUUCCAUUCCUGAAAGAGGGUGAAACAAAGGAAAAGUCAUCAAUUUCCACUGUUAAUCCUGUGUCACCUACAGUUCGUGCUUAUGACCAGAAUUUGGAAAACAUUACAGAAACUUGGGAACCUGUGAGAAAAAAACCCAGGAGCCAUUCUGGUAGGAAUAUUGCAAAAGAUAUUGAGGAUUCAGAGCUUGUAGAAAAAGUUGAGCAUGUGUCACGUGGUGGUAGGAAGCUGAAACUUAAAGAUUGGUGGACUGGUGUAGUGACCGAUUCCACUUCACUUCGAAGUAAAACUAAUAGUGGGUCUAAAUUCUUGGUCCGAUCAACUAUAAAAUCCCCCAAAUUCAAAGAUUCCUCAGUUUCAAAAAAUAGUUUAUUAGAAUUAUGUGGUGUUACAGAGGACCUCGAAGAAAGGGAAGAAGUGGGAAAUGCUCCAUGCCAACCAGUUGAUAAAUUGAAAUCCAAAGAAAAUAUGCUGGAGAGCAGAGAUAUAACAGGUGAUGCCUUGUCGACAGUACCAGAGGAUGAACCACAUACAAGUGUAUCUGUGCCAGAUGUAGGUAAUGCCCAAAAAACCGAAAUAGAUAGAGAACGGGUUUCACCAGUACCUUGUGGUGCAAAACGUGGCAGAAAAAGGAAAAAUCGCUCUUCAGGUUUAAACCAGAAGAAGGAAAUAGAUUCUGACUUAAGUCAACUAGAGGGAGAAGUAAAGUGUGGCAAGUGUGGCAUUUUGUGUGAAUCGCCAAUACUCUUCAGAUCACAUUCUCAGCUUGAACACAAUGGCUUAGCAAGACCUAAUGGAGAGAAUCAAGAUUUCACUGAUGAUGAGGUUAAAAAUAUAUUGAGCACUACAAUAAAAACAAUUAAAAGACUCAAAUGCAUGACAUGCUUAAAUGAAUUUCGGUCUCUUUUAGGGUACACGAGACAUAUUUUAGCCUGCGGAGUUAAGAGUGAGGAUCUGAACUCAAAAUGUAAAAUAUGUUACAAGCAAAUAAGAUAUUAUUACUUAGAUCUUCACAUGAGAAAAAAACACUCUGAGAAACUUGAAGAACCCAAAAAGAAUGUUGACAUAACAGACUCUGGACUAAGGCCAAGGCGUAAGGCAGCAGCAAAUUGUAAUGCUAGGUUGCAAGUUUGGGGAUCCAAUAAAACUGGGGUGUGUGGAAGUGACAUUUCUGAUACUGAAGAUGAUUAUCAAAAACAAUUUAAUCUUUCACAGUUUUAUACAAAGCCUGAUAUGAGUAUCCCUGAAGAAUGUACUAAGAAAUGGGAAGCUGAUAUUGAUGUUAAUGGGAAAGCUGAGUGUACUAAUGAAGGAUGCACCUAUACAUUUACAGCGAUAUACAAGGGAAACAAGCACUAUCAGGAUUGUCCUCAUUCAACGUCUGGGAAAACAUUCACAUGUAGUAUUUGUGAGUUCGUAUCAGUCGUGGAAGAUGAAAUGCUGAAUCACUUAACUUCGAAUCACACUGAUGUAGUUGCAGGAUCCUUUGAAGGAAGUGAUUUUGAGACAACAGACGAAGAAGAAGAUGACACUUGGAAAGUACAGAAACCUUACAUAAGAGUAACAAGUGGACAACUAAAGCCAUUCCCAUAUGCUUUGAAGUGGACACUGGACUUUUUGAAUGAGACCAUUUCAGAUAAUCUUUUUUCAGAUUUAUGUAUAUUAAGAAAAGAUUGGACCACACUUAAUUUGCAAUAUGACAGAAAGUAUUUACCCUCAGUUGAAUGUAGCCCUAAGUUUAAAAUGCAGAUGGUUACUAGUGACAAAAAUAAACCAGUGGAAGCAUGGCAGCAACUGAACCAACUGAAUGGAAUAGUACAGGGAAAAGGGUAUGCCAUGUUCUGUGGUGGACCAGUGGUAGCCUCUGCUUGGUGCCCACAGCCUUCCUCUGUGUCUCUUAGUUCAGAUACACAGCAUUUGGCUCUGUCCUCUCUCUCUUCCCCUCAAACUAAAUAUCACAUUCUUAAAUCAGCCACCCAUGAAGGACUUAUACAAAUCUGGGAGUUGUCUUGUUCAAAUGAAAAUGCAGAAAUCCCACCCAAAUUCCUGUUGGGCAUAGCACAUGACUUUGGAAAUGUAUGGUCACUUGUUUGGUGCCCAUCAGGUACUUAUGAUUUUCAAGAUGAUGCUCCUAUGGAGAAAGGCACUUUAUCAAGAUUGGGUCUUUUAGCUGCAGCUUGUUCUGAUGGAACUAUACGAAUAUUUGCUAUCCCACACCCCAGUAACCUGAACUUUUCAGACUCUUGUAGAAUAUAUAAGGUAUUACCAAAGGUAACCCUAAGUCCAGGUAAAAUGUACAAAGAUGAAGCUCAGUGUCUCAAAGUUGAUUGGUGUCGUGGGAAAGGGCAUUCAUAUAUUGCAGGAGCUUUUUCAACUGGUGUUGUGUGCAUUUGGGAUAUGAGUAGUACAUCUCCUUUAAUAAUGGUCAAAGAUGUCCAGGGAAAUUUCACCUUUUAUCCUGUGAAUUCUUUUCCUGCACAUAAUGGUGUCUGUUCUGUUGUAGCAUUUUGUCCUACUACUGGAGGACGAAACCUGGUAAGUGGAGGUAAUGACCGCACUUAUAAGUUCUGGGAUUUAGAAAACACGGACAUGCCACUCUCUAUAGCACGUAAAGGGUUGGUGUUAGAUGCGGUUUGGCUACCUCAUUGGGCUGGGUGCUUUGUUUCAUUUGAUGAUGUUUAUGGGCUUACAAACACAAACACCUGUUUCCGUGAAAAUGGGUUCUUUGGUAUACAAUCUCGUAAUGUACUUUCCUCCAAUGCACCUGUUUGGUCUCUUGCUGGUUCUGACUGGCUCAAUGCAAUAGUACAGGGAGAUUCCUCUGGGGAAGUGAUGAUCACUAUACAGCAACAGCUUUUCAGGAAUUACGAAAAUGAUAAAUAUCCAUCAAAACGCAAGGUUCCAUUAUUAUCAGUACGCUUGCAAAAUAUUUCAAAAACUACCCCAGUCUCUCUUCGUGUUUGUCAGGAUUCAAAGUUGGGUACUGCAGAAAAUUCUCAAGCUAAAGUUUCCAAGAAGCAUAAAAAGCCACGACCAAGACAAGAAGAAAAAGAUUCACUGGAGGAAGAUGGCCUUUGUCCAGCCUCUUAUAUAGAAUGGCCACGAUCAUAUUUGGAGACCUAUGAAAAUUAUGGCCUUGUGUUCUCAGAUCAAGACAAUGAAAACUUCUCCUGUAUUCCAGAUGUUGAAAUGUCAGAACGUAAACGUUCAGAUAGUAUGCAGCCUGGUCCUGUGGCAUGUUAUCCAAUGAUGGCAGCCACUUCUGUUGCUUGGAAUAACAACAUAGGUGCCCAUACUUGGAUUUUUGUUGGCACUAAUUCAGGAAUUUCUAGAGUAGUAAAUGUUAAGGCUUUAAAAACUGCAGAAGAAAAGGAAUUUAUUAAUGAGACAUGGAAGAGAAAAGUGAAGUAAAGGUUUAAAGCUCAGCUUGGAUAUGAAUACUACUAAGUACUGUAGAUGAUAUAUGAUGUAAGCAUAAGGUGUGGAUGCAGAUUUAUUUUCAAAGCUAAAUCAUUUAUUUUUAUGUUUUAAAUUUUGUAGUUGGGACAUAAUGCUGUAGUAGUACAGUUUUAUGGUUUGCUGGUUGUAUUUUUAUUAAAGAUAUGUUUUACGACCUAAGUAAAACUAGAUAUUUUUUUUUUUUAAUUAAGGUUAAAAAAUCAUCAUGAGAAUAGUUUUAUUAGAAGAAUCCUCCCUCAGUUACUUCAUGUGAAGUUACGCAAUAUUUUACUUACCGUACAGUAAAAACCUCAUAAUUCUUACUCUCCUAAUUCAAAAUCACUCGUAAUGUUUGUUGUUACAAAUUUUGUAAUACCUGUACUGUAUUUAUAAUUUUUUUAAAUGUGAGAGACUUUUUGAAAUACAGUAUUAUGAUAUAUAUAUAUUACAAUUUUUGUAAUAUUUGGUGAAGUUUUGAAUUAUGAGAGACAUUUACGAAUAUUACUGUACAUAUGAUGCACAUGUCGCCAUGGGAUGCGACCACCUUCCUUAGUGUAAAUAUGUACGGUAUACAGUGACCCCUCGGUUAACGAACUCAAUCCGUUCCAGAAGGUCGUUCGUUAACCGAAACCAUUGUUUCAAUGGGUUUUUGGGUAAUUGGUUCCAGGUCACCGAAAAUUUCCUAAA